CACUAUUGCUUCUCCAAGAAUCCUUUGCGAAAUGGCCAUUACAUAAAAUAUAGAAAGUGCUUUACGCCACAUAACUUGCCUUCUUUGCCAUACAAUGCUUUCCUGCUUUGUUGCUCACGCGACAAGGCGGUGUCCUGUAAAGCCUGACAUACUCUUUGGACAACUGCGUCCAGCACUACUACUAGUCGUUGCAAUACUUGGUAUAUGCUCACACAAACAAAAACUCAACCAACUGAAAACAUCAAUGCUACCACCAAUGCGGGGAAGACCAGUGUAACCUUUACCGAAAACAGCUAUGGGCACUGGGUUGGUGCCUGGGAAAGAGCUCAUAGCAACAAACAACUUUUGCGAUUCACACCUCAAUCACAUCACUCGACUCCAUCCCAACAUGCUCUAUCACGGAAAUUCAUUUUUGAACUACGACCUUUGGAUGAACAUAACGUCGUACUUGGAAGUCCAAGACGUUUUGAACGCCUCCAUGUCCUGCCGAGCUUGGUAUAGGCAGCUGGCCCAUCAAUCUCUGUGGGAAAAAGUAUAUACCAGUAUACUUCCUGGUUAUCCAACUGACCAUUUUCGAAUUAAUCAUGAUAUAUUGAACUGCGCUCGGCCUGAAUUCGUUUCAAUGGACGGAAAUGGGCCUGCAAUGCUGAGCAAGUGGUAUAAGACAUCAUGGAAGCAGCGGGCAGUGUAUCUGGCGCAUAUCCUUCGCGUACAAUCGGCGGUUAUAUCAACCAUGAGGCAAAAGACAAAAGCGUUCUUGGACAUACCAGCCCAGCCAUUGCAUGAUGUCGAGCGAAUUAAUCGGUUCGAGCGGACCUAUGGUGCCACCUUUCCCAUUGACUUUGUCAUUUUUGCAAUUUACUUUGCACAUCACCUGCGAGUGGACCAAUCCAAUCGCCAUGAACCCAGUAUGGGGCUUGUGUCAGGAGAAUGCUUUGAAAACCCUCAUUUGUGGAAGUACUGGGCUGACAAAUUCAACUUUCAGGCCUUGAAUUUAGGCAACUCACAGCAGCCGAUUAUCAUGGAGGGAUAUGGACCACUGCAAGACCAAACCUUUCGCAACAUGAUGAUCUUCCCUUUCUCGCAACUCACCAAAUGCGACGAGUUGAACAAGGCACAAUUUCUUGGAAUGGCGCUCAGUAGAGAUAACAGUUUCCCUCCCAUGCGACCAAAAAAUGGCCGGCUCCCCCAUGUUCCUGAUGAUAGCAACUUGGAAGACGCUUCAGGGUUUGUUUAUCGGGCAUCUUUCACUGCUUUGCAAGAGAAGACAUAUGGAUUAGAAGCCUUAUGCGAAAGCUUCACUGACUACCUCGUUCAAUACACGGGUGUAGUACUAGAGUACGGGGAUGUACCUCAAUAUGGCCGAAUCGGCUUUGUGGACUUGAUGAUAGGGUUACCAAGAGACCAUUCUCCAAAGAUAUCCAUUUUGUUACCGCACGCUCUUGAUUGGGACAUUGGUAGUUACCUUCCCACUGAAUUCACUCUCAUGGACUCAAGCAUUCCAGUCUUUACAUCACUUGAACAUCAAAUCGAUUGUAGUUAUUCGAAGGCAGUUGACAAUUUGGGCUACGCAACAGAAAGCUCAGUAGCGGUACCUCCAAGGCAAUUAUUUAUGGCUGCACAGGAUCAACAUCGGCACAAUCAACUUCACAGUCGUCAUGAUGUAAAAGCACCAAAACCAAACACAAUUAAACUGGCUGAUUUUGGCACCGGACAAUAUCCACCAGUAAUGACCAUUCGAUUGCCCUUAGAUGUAUACCAGCGUCUCAUGGAACAAGCUGAAGAGUGGAUAUCUACUUCAGGAUCGACGUUGGGGACGAUAACUAGACAGGUGGACGGAACACAGCUGCAAGUAAUUCGACACAUCACUUCUGAUAUGAUGGGCCUGUAUCACCUGCACCAUAGAUGUAUGCCAGUUUCAUUGUUCUACGACACGGCUGAGCGAACGGCGUAUGAUUUCAUCUUGACAAGCAAGGAAUUUUAUGACCAUGUCAAGGCUUUGGAGACCGAAAUUAUCAAAUACUCGGCUUUUGAGCUUGGGGUUAUUGCCAAGCGCUUCAAGCACCAGUUGAACCAUUUGGGGUAUUUAAUAGGACGUUUUGAGAACCCGAAGACGGACUGGAUGGUUCGAGUUAAGGCAGACCUUGGCGAGAUUCCUAGCUUGACUUGGAAUGAAUUUAAUUCAAAGUGUUAGUUUGGAUCAUCCUUCUUCUCCUUAAAGAGCAAUAAAUGACCACAGGCUUUUUGAUGUA